GACUGGAAGCAGCAGCUCGCGCUUCCCGCGCGAGACGAGCGAUACCGGACAGAGGACGUCACCGCGACGAAAGGCAACGAGUUCGAGGACUACUUCCUGAAGCGCGAACUCCUCAUGGGAAUCUUCGAGAAGGGCUUCGAGCGUCCGAGCCCGAUCCAGGAGGAAUCGAUCCCAAUCGCGCUCACCGGGCGCGACAUCCUCGCGCGCGCGAAGAACGGCACGGGCAAGACCGCGGCGUUCACGAUCCCCGUGCUCGAGAAGGUGGACGUCUCGAAGAAAAUUAUCCAGGCGAUCCUCCUCGUCCCAACGCGCGAGCUCGCGCUGCAGACGUCGCAGGUGGCAAAGGAGCUGGGGAAGCACCUCGACGUGCAGGUCAUGGUGACGACGGGCGGGACGUCGCUGAAGGACGACAUCAUGCGUCUGCAUCAGCCCGUGCACAUCGUCGUCGCGACGCCGGGGAGGUUGGUCGACCUCGCGUCUAAGAACGUCGCGAAGCUGAAUAACGCGACGAUGCUGGUCAUGGACGAGGCGGAUAAGCUGUUGUCGCCGGAGUUUCAGCCCGUGAUAGCGCAGCUCAUCGAUUUCCUGCCGCGUAACAGACAAAUUUUGCUCUACUCGGCGACGUUUCCGGUCACGGUGAAGGAGUUUAAGGACCGCUACCUGCGCAAGCCGUACGUCAUCAACCUCAUGGAGGAACUCACGCUGAAGGGCAUCACGCAGUACUACGCGUUCGUCGAGGAGAAGCAAAAGGUGCACUGCCUGAACACGCUCUUCUCCAAGCUGCAGAUAAACCAGUCGAUCAUCUUUUGCAACAGCGUGAACCGCGUCGAGCUUCUCGCGAAGAAGAUCACCGAGCUCGGGUACUCGUGCUUUUACAUCCACGCGAAGAUGCUUCAGUCGCACCGCAACCGCGUGUUCCACGACUUCAGGAACGGCGCGUGCCGUAACUUGGUAUCGUCCGACCUCUUCACGCGCGGCAUCGACAUUCAAUCCGUCAACGUCGUCAUCAACUUUGACUUCCCGAAGAACAGCGAGACGUACCUUCACAGAGUCGGUCGCUCCGGACGGUUCGGUCACCUCGGCAUCUCGGUCAACCUCAUCACGUACGACGACAGGUUCAACCUGUUCAGGAUCGAGCAGGAGCUCGGGACGGAGAUUCAGCAGAUCCCGCCGGUCAUCGACCCGUCCGUGUACUGCCGAUAAGUCGUCGUCGUCGUCGUCGCGCGCCUCUCUCUUCGCGAGAGAAGCGCUCGACGCGGCGGCGGCGGCGGCGAAGGAGGAGGAGGAGGAGGAGGAGAGAAGAACGGAACGAUGAAGACGACGAUUACGGUUACGAACGAAAAUAAGUAACGGUGUACAAACGAAAGCGAGAGCGAAGGAACGGCGUUCACCACGCGAACGGAGUCGUAUGGGAAGCAGUCUCACCUUCGAGCGUCGUCGAGACGCGAACGGAUUUCUGGUCGAUGGAAGAGGAGGAGGGAGGAGGUUGAGAUUCUAUUCUCCCCUCCCUCCCUCCCGCCGCGCGACGAUACAUUUUGAACGUCGUCGCGCGGUGAUCACGAGAACGACGACGACAGACGACAGAACGACGACAACGCGCGACGACGCGAGAUGCAUGAUGAGUUUUCAAAGAGAUGCGGCCGGAGCGGGCGCGCCGCCCCCGUCGCGCGGAUUGGUUUUUUUUCAAUCCGCGCGAUCGGCGGCGACGCCGCUUUCGGCGCUCGCAUUUAUAGCAGAACGAUGCGCGGGAUUAGAUCCUGAGCACCACACACACGAAACAGAGAAGAAAGAAAGGAGAGCCCCGCCCGCCGCGCGCCGCGGGGGAUGGGGACGGAUGGACGAGGAGGGAGGAGGACUCGGAGACGAGGAGGAUGGGAGGCCAAUCGCGACGCUGUCGACCAGCGGAGCCCGCCUCGGAGGAAACACGACACGACACGACACGACAAGACUCGAGAAGAGCACCGCGCGAACGGAACGGAGGUAGAGCGCGCGCGAGCUCGCGGGGUUGAGCAUUCAAGAAGACGCGAGCGCCGCGGCGUUUUCUCUCUCUCGACGAGGGAGGGAGGACGUCGUCGGCGCCGCGCGCCGCCGCGGAGGAGACGCGUCUCCUCGCGGCGGAAGAUCCGCCGCGGCGGAAGAUGGAACGUCAACCGCCGCCGCGGAUCGGAUCCGAUCCCAUCGCGUUCGACGCGCGAGCGAGUGUGCGCGUUGCGUACCACUCGCGCGGCGCGUCGAACGCGAGGGCGGGACGAGACGACGCGCGUCGCCGACCUCGCGGAGGACGGCGGCGGCGCGGAGGAGGAUGGAAAAAAAACCAGAUUUUUGAUUUUUUUAAUCGAAGAAAAAAACGAACGCUUCGGUUC